GCCGCGGCAGUUGGAUGUUAUAUUAAUACUUUAAGACCCGAAACGAACUGUGUAGGUCACGUGAUCGGCUGUCUCUUUUUCGACCAUCACUGAACGUCGCCUUGCAAGCAUGACUUCUCAACCUCCAGUCUUUCAUUGCGGAAUUGUGAAACAGAUUUUGUCAGGUGAUGCUGUUGUUAUUCGGGGUCAACCACGUGGUGGACCUCCCAAAGAACGAACUAUAUGUCUGUCAAAUAUUACAGCUCCCAGGUUAGCUCGUAGGGCUAAUCCGAAAGAAACAAAAGAUGAGCCUUAUGCUUGGGAAGCCAGAGAAUAUCUUCGUAAGAGGUUAAUAGGCCUUGAAGUGACUUUCACUGUGGAAUACACUGUUCCAGGUACAAAUAGAGAAUAUGGAUGUAUCUACAUUGGAUCAGAUAAUUCUCGAGAGAAUAUGACUGAAUCAUUGAUAUCUGAAGGUCUAGUAGAAGUAAGGCGAGGCGGUUUGAAACCAUCUGAUGAAAGUCAACAAAAACUGAUACAAUUAGAAGAAAAUGCCAAGUCUGCAGGGAAAGGAAAGUGGGCCACUGGUACAGCCAAUGACCACAUUCGAAAUAUUAAGUGGACAUGUGAAAAUCCACGCAAUUUUGUUGAAUCUCAUCACUAUAAACCAGUUGAAGCUGUGAUUGAGCAUGUGCGUGAUGGUUGCACUGUACGUGCAUUUUUGUUGCCCAACUUUGAUUACGUCACAGUUAUGCUGUCAGGAAUCAAAGCACCAAUGUUCAAAAUGGAAGGUGUUCAACAAGUAGCAGAAGAAUUUGCAGAAGAAGCCAAAUAUUUCACUGAAUCACGGUUGCUGCAAAGAGAUGUCAAAAUCAUUCUGGAAGGAACCUCUAACCAAAACUUCCUUGGAACAGUCAUACAUCCGAGAGGCAACAUUACAGAAUUUUUAUUAAGUGAAGGUUUUGCACGAUGUGUUGACUGGAGCAUGGGAGUUGUUACAAGUGGGACUGAAAAGUAUCGUGCAGCUGAAAGAAAAGCCAAAGAAAACCGACUGCGGAUAUGGAAAGACUACAAACCAUCUGGUGUCGUUAUUGAUGAUAAAAGUAAAAACUUUACUGCUAAGGUUGUAGAGAUUGUUAAUGGAGAUGCUAUGAUUGUUAAAUCAUCAGAUACCAGAAAAAUAUUCCUUGCUAGUAUUCGACCUCCUCGACUUCAAUCAGAAAACAAUGAGAAUGCUACACCAAAUAUCAUGAAAGACUCUAAUCGGCGUGUGAGACCACUCUAUGAUAUCCCUUACAUGUUUGAGGCUCGAGAAUUCAUGCGCAAAAAACUUGUGGGUAAAAAGGUCAACGUGCAAAUUGAUUAUAUUCAACCAGCUUCUGGAGGUUUUCCAGAGAAAACUUGCUGCACCGUAACAAGUGGGAAUAUUAAUGUGGCUGAGGCUUUGGUGAGUAAAGGUCUGGCAACUGUGAUCCGCCAUCGUCAAGAUGAUGACCAACGAUCUGCCCACUACGAUGAGUUACUUAGUGCAGAGUCCAGAGCACAAAAGAAAGGACUUGGUGUUCACUCUAAAAAAGAACCACCAAUUCAUAGAGUUGCAGAUUUGUCUGGAGAUUUUAGCAAGUCUAAACAGUUUUUACCAUUCUUGCAAAGGGCUGGACGAUCAGAGGCUAUAGUUGAGUUUGUGGCAAGUGGAUCCCGUCUUCGGCUUUUUAUCCCCAGAGAAACUUGCCUCAUUACAUUCCUUAUCUCUGGUAUUGAUUGUCCUCGUGCCUCAAGACCUGCGCCUGGUGGUGGUUCAACAAUACCAGCGGAACCAUAUGGUGAAGAGGCUUUACAAUUUACACGGGAACUAUGUAUCCAAAAAGGGGUUGAAGUUGAAGUAGAGACUAUUGAUAAAGGUGGAAAUUUCAUUGGAUGGUUACACAUUGAAACUACUAACCUGUCUAUUGCACUUGUCGAAGAAGGUUUAGCAAAAGUCCAUUUCACUGCAGAACGUAGCGCGUGUUACAAAGCUUUACUAGAAGCAGAAACAAAAGCAAAGACAGCUAAAUUAAAUAUUUGGUCAAAUUAUGAAGAACCUAAAAAUGACCAAGUUGUUGAAGAACCAUUAGAGCGUAAACUAAAUUACUGCAAUGUUGUUGUCACAGAAGUUAUGCCUGAUUUGAAAUUUUACGCCCAGUAUGUUGAGAGUGGUCCACAACUGGUUGAAAUGAUGGAGCAACUUCGGAAAGAACUUGAAACUAAUACUCCAGUUGUUGGUGCUUAUACGCCAAAGCGUGGAGUAAUCUGUGCAGCUAAGUUUUCUGUUGAUAAUCAGUGGUACAGAGCUAAAGUCGAAAAAGUUAGUAAUAACAAAGCAACAGUGUUAUACAUAGAUUAUGGUAAUCGAGAAGAAGUUCCAUUCUCCAUGCUUGCUGCGUUACCACCAGUCUUCCAGUCAUUACCUGCACAAGCAACACUAUUUGGACUUGCAUGUGUGAAAUGCCCUGAUGAUGAAGAUGCCAAACGUGAUGCUUACGAGGCUCUAAAUCAUGACAUUUUUGGAAAGCAGCUUGUGGUGAAUCUAGAAUAUAAAGCCAAUGGUGUUGACUUUGUAACUGGCCAGCUUGGAGAGUCACGGGACGAUGUAGCAUUUAGCUUAAUCUCAGAUGGUAUUUUGCUAGUAGAGACCCGCAAAGAAAAGCGUCUCAGCAAAUUAGUGGCCUCUUAUAUGAAUGCUCAAGAAAAAGCAAAGUCCGCCAGGCAAAACUUAUGGCGUUAUGGUGACAUUACUGAAGAUGAUGCCAGAGAAUUUGGUUAAAGAAUCUGAAAUAAAUGCAGUGAAAAGUAUAUUUGGAAAAUAAUAACACAAAUUAUGAAUGAAAUUUAUUAAAUAAAAUAACAAUACUUUGCUGAAAAAGACUGACUGAAAUUUCAAUCUUAGCUGGUUUGUUUGAUUUACUAACAUACAACUAAAUUGAAAGUACAUUUUUAAUACUUUAGCAUUGGAGGUUUUAGGUCUUAAAACUUCAUCUUAACUUUCUAAACCAACUAAGAUGAUAUUGUAGUCAAUUUAGAAGAAACUUUUUUUUUAAAAAAAGUCUUCUAUAUUUUAAGGAUGGUUGGGAAAAAGUCUAUAAAGAAAAAAACAAACACAACUGUUUUUCAACUAUAUACAUAUCUCCUGAUAUACAUAUUAUAUAUGCAUACAUAUAUAUUUUCCUCUCUCUAUGGAAUAUAGCUUAAUAAUUACAAAAGGAGUCUGUAUCCAAUACAUUUAAUAACAUAUUUAAAAUGGAAUGAAGCUUGUUACUUGGCUAAAAUUUUGUGAUUUAGUUAGCUGAGAAGUGUAAUUGUCAUUGACAUGUUAGCCAUUUAAUGUUACUGCUGAAACUAUUUUCCCCUCUAAUUUUACAUACAUUGCAGUAUAGAAACCAUGGCAGCAGAUGCUAUUUAAUUAAUUAUAAGCUAUCUUUUGAUUUAUUCUCAAGUAUUUUAUCAGCAAUUUUAAUAUCCAGCUCGACAAUUCAGUGAGUUUUCUUCUGUUUUUUUUUUUUCUACUCUAAAUUAUACUGGUUGCAGGUAUAUUUUGUUAAACAGGAAAUUUUCAUUUGUUUAAACAUUUGCAGUAAAUAUGAAUGUAGAAAGAAAAUAACGACUGGCUUUAUAAACGGCAUAUUGGUGUUGAAUCCUUUACUUCAAAGUGAGCUCAGAAUUAAAUUUUGAAACUAGUUGCUGCCUUCCAUGAUAAAGCUACUUAUUCAUAGUGUCUUAAAACUGGUUUGUCUUUUUUUUUUCACUAUAUCAGGGUUUUGAGUUUUCUGAUUUGUCUAAAAGCCUUUUUUUUUUUUUUUUACCAUAGAUCAAAAGUGAUCUGUGUAAAUUUGUCAGUCAAUUUUAGAAUUCCUUCCAUUCAGGAUAUAACUUCUGGGUAUAUAGUUUGUGAGCUUUUAAUAUUUUAGCUAUUUAAAUUUAGAAAAAAAAAAAAUCUCCUUAUUUGUUAGAUUAGCUAUUAGAACUUAGAACUGCUUUGGUUUCUGCUCAGGAUUUUUACUGGCCUUUGUUCUGGGCAGAAUAACCCUUUUCAUUUAAAUCAUGCCAAUUUUAAAAAGGUU